GCACCUCUGAAUUAUAUUUCUGAUUUUGUAUUUUGCAGAUUAAUAGAGAAGCUGAUUACAGAAUUUCUAGCUGGAUCAUAAACCAUACCAGGAUUAUCUUUUUACAAAACCCUUAACCCCCUAGUUGAGUAAUCAAGAGCCGCAAAGCUGCUGUCCACGUGGACUGGUGCUGAAUUUUCUCGCCCGGCUGCUAGAGCCAAUCCAGCUAAGCCCAGAGACAUGGCAACGAAUGGAACAAAAGUUGCAGAUGGACAAAUCUCAACUGAAGUUAGUGAUGCUUCAAUCACCAAUGAUAAACCUAAAACCUUGGUGGUGAAAGUGCAGAAGAAGAAAUCAGAUAUUCCUGACAGAGACACCUGGAAAGGAAGAUUUGACUUUCUUAUGUCCUGUGUUGGUUAUGCCAUUGGUUUAGGGAAUGUGUGGCGAUUUCCAUACCUUUGUGGCAAGAAUGGUGGAGGGGCAUUCCUGAUUCCAUAUUUCCUUACGUUAAUUUUUGCUGGAGUGCCACUGUUUCUUUUGGAAUGUUCCCUUGGCCAGUACACGUCUAUAGGAGGCCUUGGAGUUUGGAAGCUUGCUCCAAUGUUUAAAGGUGUCGGAUUAGCUGCUGCUGUCCUGUCCUUUUGGCUAAAUAUUUACUACAUUGUGAUUAUUUCUUGGGCCAUAUAUUACUUAUAUAAUUCAUUUACCACAAAUCUCCCUUGGAGGCACUGUGAGAACUCAUGGAACACAGACCGCUGUUUCUCCAAUUAUACUCUAGCAAAUACCACCAACAUGACAAGUGCAGUGCUUGAAUUUUGGGAACGUAACAUGCACCAAAUGACUGAUGGUUUGGAAAAACCAGGGCAGAUCCGAUGGCCAUUAGCAAUUACACUGGCAAUUGCCUGGAUUCUGGUGUACUUUUGCAUCUGGAAGGGGGUAGGCUGGACAGGAAAGGUGGUCUACUUCUCUGCUACUUAUCCAUAUGUCAUGCUGCUUAUCUUGUUCUUCCGUGGAGUAACACUACCUGGAGCAAGGGAAGGCAUUUUGUUCUAUAUAACUCCUAACUUCAGUAAGCUUUCUGAUUCUGAGGUAUGGCUGGAUGCUGCCACACAGAUUUUUUUCUCCUAUGGUUUGGGUCUUGGUUCACUGAUUGCUCUUGGAAGUUACAACCCUUUCCACAAUAAUGUUUACAGGGAUUCCAUUGUAGUGUGCUGCAUAAAUUCAUGCACAAGUAUGUUUGCUGGCUUUGUCAUCUUCUCCAUUGUUGGGUUCAUGGCUAAUGUCACCAAGAGGCCUAUUGCAGAUGUUGCAGCAUCAGGUCCCGGACUGGCAUUUUUAGCUUAUCCAGAAGCAGUGACACAGUUACCGAUCUCUCCUUUGUGGGCAAUUCUGUUCUUCUCCAUGUUGCUUAUGCUUGGAAUAGACAGCCAGUUCUGCACUGUGGAAGGAUUCAUAACAGCCUUGGUGGAUGAAUUUCCAAAGUUAUUACGCAAUCGAAGAGAAAUAUUCAUUGCCGUUGUCUGUGUUGUUUCCUAUCUAAUAGGAUUGUCCAAUAUUACUCAGGGUGGAAUUUAUGUGUUUAAGCUUUUUGACUAUUACUCUGCCAGUGGAAUGAGUCUCUUGUUUCUUGUAUUCUUUGAAUGCAUCUCCAUAUCCUGGUGCUAUGGCGUUAACAGAUUUUAUGACAAUAUCCAAGAGAUGGUGGGAUACAGACCUUGCAUCUGGUGGAAACUCUGCUGGUCAUUCUUCACUCCUAUAAUUGUGGCAGGAGUGUUUAUCUUCAGUGCUGUCCAGAUGACUCCUCUUACUAUGGGGAACUAUGUUUUCCCAACAUGGGGCCAAGGGGUUGGCUGGCUCAUGGCUCUUUCUUCUAUGGUGCUGAUUCCAGGCUAUAUGGCAUACAUGUUUCUUACUUUAAAAGGCUCCUUAAAACAGCGUAUCCAAGUAAUGAUUCAGCCAAGUGAAGACAUAACUCAUCCUGAAAGUGGGCCAGAACAAGCCCAGCAAAGCAACUCUGCCAACAAAGAAGCAUAUAUCUAAAUUUUGGUAUUGGAAAGGUACAAAUGGCACUCUGGAAAAAGGAAAACAAAAAUAGGCUGAAUAUGACCACAACUUUAUGUCUGAGAAUAUAAUCACCUACCUCUAGUGCCAAACAAAAAAA